UCCAUUUCUGUGAGGGGGCUGCACGCAGAAUUAUGGCUGACAAGAUGUUUCUGUACUGGGGGUCGGGAAGCAUCCCCUGUUGGAAGCCCAUGAUCGUUCUGGAGGAGAAAGGAUUUGGGAGAUACAAGAACAAACUGAUAACAUUCAGCAAAAACGAGCAAAAAGGAGAGGAUAUCAUGAAGCUCAAUCCCCGGGGUCAGGUCCCAACAUUCAAAGAUGGCGACAUAGUGGUGAAUGAAUCCAAUGCCAUAUGUGAUUACUUAGAGAGUACUUACAAAGGCAGUGGUACAAAGCUCAUACCUGAUGACAAAGCCAAAAGAGCAAAGGUUCUACAGCGUAUGCAUGAGGCUGCUAGUAAUCUGCAGCAGAAGAUGAUAAUGGACGUAAUUUACUACAUGUGGCAAACAAAAGAGGAAGACCAAAAGAAGGAAGAGGUGAAAAAGAAGUUUGAUGCACUGAAAGAGGAGUUACAACGGUGGGAGGGCUACCUAGGGGAGACAAAAGCCUUCCUGGCAGGACCAGACUUCAGCAUGGCCGAUGUCUACUUUUACCCGUACAUUUUCUUUGCUGUUCGUGUUGGACUGGAGCUGGAAAAACUCCCAAAUCUGAAGGCAUAUUUUGACAGGUUGUCAACUCGUCCAAGCCUCAAAAAUACACAACCCCCUCAUUGGAAGGAGGAGCCACCCAAAAGUACCCCGCUAAAGGGACUUCUGUGAACAAUACUUCUCUUUCAAUAUUACUUAUUUUGUUGAAAAGAGUCGUUCGUUUUUGCCAUUAUUGUGUAAUAUAUUUAUAAAACUGAGUCCUGAACAUUUUUUUUCUAUAUCAAUUUUGAACGAGUGUAUUUGUACAUACACUAUAUACUGUAAUACCGGUAAUUGAGAUUAAAGCUAUGUGUGUGUGA